AUGGCUGACUUUGGCGUCUUCAUCAACGACGAGGAGGAUUCGAGAGAUUCUGGUGAGCUUUUCUGAUCUGAAAGGGACCAAACAUGCAUUUCAGGCGUCUCAACGAGCGGAUCCACUUGUGCUGCCGAAACGGACGGCGCCACGUCGGAAAAGAGGUGCUCUUCUUUGACGGCUCUUUCAAAUUCGGCCGUCAACUGUUUGGCGAACGGGCGACGGCAGAGGGGUUUUGAGGAGGAAAGAGAGGCGGAGCUUGUUGAAUUGGUGUGGAAGAAGGCGCCGGAGAGUGGUAGUCCGGCCCGGAACGAAGUGGUGAGAAAAAGAAAACAAUCUUAAGAGUAUAUUGCUCUACAUCAAUCCGAACACUUUGAAUUGCAGACCUACUCGCUGCCGUCGGUGGCCGACCCCAAAAAAGUGUCGCUGGCCUACCGGAGCAUCAGUCCGCAGACGAUCCUCUCGGAGAUGCGACGUCUCGGAGCGGCUUUCUCGGAUCGGUACGCCCUUUACGACUGCCGAUAUCCGUACGAGUACGCGGGCGGACACCUCCGCGGAGCCGUCAAUCUGUACAAGAAGUCGGACAUCCGAAUGGAGUUCUUUGAUGCACAAAAGCCAAAGAGAAUUCCGAUCUUCUACUGUGAAUUCAGUCAGAAAAGGGGACCGAGCAUGUAAGAAGGGGGCCAGAUCCAGUGGGACCAUCUCCAUCAACUUUUCAGGGCCAACGCAGUGCGCUCGAUCGACCGGGUCCGCAACGAACACAACUAUCCGCACCUCGAGCAUCCGGAGAUGUACCUGCUCGACAGAGGCUACAAGAACCUGUGGGACCAGCCGGAAUGCCGCGAGAUCUGUGCAGAACCCAUCGGUUAUCUCCCGAUGGCACACGAGGACCACACUGAAGAGUACCGUACCGCCCGUUUGGAACGACAUCGCUCCAGUGAAAUGGUCAAAUCGAAUGGCGAAGUGGAGGAGCAGGAGGAGACGGACGAGAAGUUGAUGCGGAUUCAGGCAAAGAAGACGCUGUGUAGGGUUAGUUUUGGGUCGUUUCUUACUAUUUCGUUAAACCAGAAAUCAAUACUGAAAUCCCAAAAGAUUGCAGACAAAACCCCGGUUUCCACGGUCCUCAUCAGUUUCGUUGAGCCCCAAUUCAAGAGGAAUUCUAUUGAAGGCGUUCAAAUCCGAACAAUUCUAG